GAAAUGAAAGCCCAGCGCCAUCGCCGCGGAGAAAUUGCGACCUGCGGGAAGCUGCGACGCGGUCCGACGAUGACAUUUUGGGCACCGAUGGCACUGACUUCAUUUUUUCCCCAAACCUUGGCCGAAAUCCCGAUCCAUCGGAACUCUCCUCUCUCCCUCUUGUUCUCUUAAAGGACGGAGAACGAAGAAACAAAGGAGGCUUUUUUUUUUGUGUGUGUUCUCGUUGGAGCUCGCUCGGCGAAAUUAACCCAUGGCGUUCUCGCGGCCGUCCUUAAAUGCGAGAGGCGUGCGGCACCCCCGGAUGUUCUCCAGCCGGCGGUCCUCGCCGUACACGUUCGCGCUGACGAUUCUCCUGAUUCUGUCGGUGGUCCUCCUCAUGCUCCUCGCGCUUGGCAUAUUCUCCCUCCCCGUUCACUCCGACAGCGCCCCCGAAGCCGCCGACAUCCACCGCGUCAGAUCCGUCUACAAGAAAACAAUGACGGAUGGGAAUGGGCUAGGGAAUAGAGGGGCGCAAUGGGCGGAGGUCAUCUCGUGGGAACCCAGAGCGUCCGUCUUUCACAAUUUCUUGUCCAGGGAGGAGUGUGAGUACAUAAUUAAUCUGGCAAAGCCUCAUAUGGAGAAGUCAACAGUUGUUGAUAGCGCUACUGGCAAAAGUAAAGACAGCAGGGUUCGGACAAGCUCAGGGACGUUCCUCCAACGAGGGCGAGACAAAAUUAUCCGAGCGAUUGAAAAAAGGAUAGCAGAUUAUACCUUUAUACCUGUAGAGCAUGGAGAGGGUCUCCAAGUUCUACAUUAUGAGGUUGGACAGAAAUAUGAACCACACUUCGACUACUUUCUUGAUGAAUUCAACACAAAGAAUGGGGGUCAGCGUAUGGCUACCUUACUAAUGUAUCUUUCAGAUGUUGAAGAAGGUGGUGAGACAGGGUUCCCUUCUGCAAAGGUCAAUAGUAGUUCUUUACCAUGGUUCAAUGAGCUAUCUGAGUGUGGAAAGAAAGGUCUUUCCGUUAAACCAAAGAUGGGAGAUGCCUUACUCUUUUGGAGCAUGAAGCCUGAUGCCACUCUAGACCCAUUAAGUUUGCAUGGUGGAUGCCCUUUGAUUAAAGGGAACAAGUGGUCAGCUACGAAAUGGAUCCGUGUCCAUGAGUAUAAAGUUUAAUUUAUCACAUUAUAGGUUUGUCUGUCGGAGCAUUUGGCGUUUCCACUGUAUCUUUCAGCUGAAGUUCCCAUCCAUUUCAUAGCCCGACUGCUCAUACCUUUGCCCUCGCUCUGUACUUCAUCUCUUCCUCCAUAUAGAAUAAACAUGGUUCUUUUCAACCUAUGGUUAAGCUUGUGUUAGACUGUCAUUAAUUUAUUGCUGAUGUUUCAGUUGUAAUCUUGUAUAUCUAGCGGUGGAAAGAACUGAUUUGGGACUGAGAGGAACAGGGCGAAUAGUCAAGAAGGCUGUUUUGGUUAAAAAAAUGGAUUUUGACUAAUUUUAUGCUGGAUAUUGUACUGUUUUAUAUUACAAUGGCUGAAUCCAUUUGCUAGUGAACAAAUGUUACAGUAGCAUUUUUACUAUUCCGGUUUGGUUAUCCAUCGUUUUUAUUGCGUUA